AGCACGGCUGGUGCGGUGGCUGCAGGGAUGCACCGGCUGCUCGCACGGAAGCCCCUGUCUGGUUCUGCGGUUGGCGAUGCGGCCGCGAAGCUGAAGGCCGUCGUGGAUUGGACCAGCAAAGGAGCGAUGGUCAAAGUGGCUGCGAUGGGUCAAAGUGGGCUCGCCAAUUCGCGUGUUGGUGUAAAUUGGCCUUUUGACUUUGAAAUUGGCAAGUGCGGGGUAUAUCAUGACCAGAAUAUGCGGAGGGUGAGCAGGGUGUGGGCAUGACCAGCAAACGCACCAACAUGCCACCACCACUGGUGCGGCGACUUUCGGACAAACAUCGUUCUAUUGCCCGUGUCGUGAUCGAUUGGCCAAAGAAGGGCAACCUGGGUUAGCAUGGGCGGGAUGGGGGGCGUUUUGUGCUUGUGCUAUCUUUCCUUGACUGCAGAUGUUUACUGCGCACAUGUGGACGUAGCCUUCGCGUAGGUUGCCUCACUGGCAAGGCUAAAUUGCCUUGGCUGCCACGCAACAUCGCUCUUGGACGCGAUCGCACGAAAGAGAGCAAAGAGUACCCAUCGCACCACAUGGCAAGAUACAACAGGCAGAGAGAAGUCGCCCAUAUCAAAGUGGAAGCUAUAUAGGUACGGACAAGAAGCAGAUGGCCAGGAUAUCUUGCCGUGACAUAGAAUCCCAUCUGGUCGAAAAUUUUCGGAAGGCCGUUCCGUAGGCGCCACCGUACGCGCAAAACGUUUGGACUGGUCAGGCGAGAGGGACGGGUAAGCAUCUCUCUCGCAGCACACGGGUUCUCCUGCAAGUUCGACGAGAGAACAGGCACACAAAGCACAAACCAGGGGCUUAGCACGGCUCUCUCUGUCUGGGUGUGCAAUAGCAACUUGAUUACGGUCCCGUCAACGCACGCGGCGCAUCUUUUCUGCCAAGGCGGGUAGGAUUGACGGCCGACGACCGAGGCCCGCACCCACCAUGUCCAACAUGUCGAAGGCCGAGGGACGGCCUACCGGCCCAACCAUGGCGGUAGAGGCGGGGCAGGGCAUGUCCCCCUCGAGCCAUACUGGCCUUGAGGCGUCCGCUUCUACACAGGGCAGCGUGGCCAUGCCUGGGGGGGCAGAGCCCCCGAAGGUUUUUCCUGGUCUCCCGGGCAGCAACAUGAACGGCGCUGGCAGGGUGACCGCCGCCCCGUACAACCUAGACGGCUCCAUGCUUGCGGCCUCUGUGCCCGUUGGCAUGCACCAUACGCAGGGUAUGCCGCAGGGAAGCCUGCCGGGAGUGGACCUGCAGCAGCAGUAUGCUGGCUUGGCCGGGUCGGCGUCGGGCCAAUUUGUGGGACCGUCGCCCAGUGCUUGGGCCGGCGCGCAGUCGGGCGCCGAGUCAUGCCUCACCGACACGGGCUCGAUUGGGCACGGCAUGCAUCCGAACAGCGGCGGCAUGAUGACCAAUCAGCACGCCCUCGUCUCGCAGCAGCUGCAGGCCAUGCAAAAGCAGCAGCUCGUGCAGCAGCAGCUGCAGCAGCAGCUCCGGCAGCAGCUCCAAGCCCAGCAUCAGCAGCAGUACCAGCUGCAGAUGCAUCAGCAGCAGCAACAACAGCUGCAUCGCCAGUAUCAAUUGCAGGCGAUGGCGUCGCAGCAGGCGGCGCUCCAGACGCAGGCGGCGCAGUCGGCGCAGGCAGCGCAGGCAGCGCAGGCGGCGCAAGCAGCGCAGGCGGCGCAGGCCACCGCCGCACAUUCCUCAAGCCAACCUGGCCCGCUCGCUGGUCCGCAAGAGCUCGCCCAGGCCCACGCCGCGUCGCCGGGCGUCGCCAAUGGAAGUGGCGCGCCCAACGCCAAGCCUUCCUCGGGUCAUGCCAUGCAAAUGAUGCAGCAGCAGGUGCCCGGCCAGGGCCCGCCUCAUGGCACAUCACAACAGGGCACGCUCCUGCCUCCGGCCAACCAGCUCCCGUUCUACCCUGAGACGGCGGUCAAUGUGCAGUCAUCGUCGCUCUUGCCGCCCUCGGGUAGUGUCAACGGUAUGCCGGUCUCGCCGCAGGUCUACUCGGAUAUGCUGCGCGCCUCGGUCGCCAUGCCCGGAUGGGCGCCGGGCUCUAACGGCAUGUCCUACCCGUCGAGCAUGCACAUGGGUUCAUGGCCGUCGAACAACGUGUUUAUCACCGUCCCAGACUCAAACGCCGUCCUGGCCUCGACCUCGGGCCGCGGACCGAUGAUGCUCCAAACCGCUCCCACUCACUCACCCAGGCACAUGGCCACCCCAUCGCACGCGUCGACUGGCGACGACGGCAGGGGCAGUUCAUUGGGCGCAUCCAAGCCCAAGAAGGGCCGCCGCGCACGCGUCCGCCUCUCUGAGGCCCAGCUGCAGCAUCUCGAAGCCAUGUUUGCAGAAAACCAGUACCCUUCGCAGAAGGUGUGCAAGGCCACCGCUGGCACUCUCGAUCUGCCGCACCACUCGGUCACCAUCUGGUUCCAAAAUCGCCGCGCCAAGUACAAGCGGAUGCUGCGUCAACAGCAGACCGUUCCCAUCCCGACUACCUUCUCAAAGCAGCCGAACCAGUACUCUCAGCCCAACUACUCGGAGUUUGUGCGCAAGCGCAAGCGCGACGACGACCGUACCACGCCCAUCGCCUCUGGGAACGGCUACUCCAAGCGCCCGAAGUCGUCCGCCGCUGACGACGCCCAUUCGACCUCGGAAUCGUCUGCUGUUCCUAGCGCCAACUCGUCGACUAACGACAAGUCGUCGAGCAACGAUAACGCGACCGGCAGCAACAAGGCGUCUGGCAACAACCCGUCGAUGUCAGCUACUGGCUCGGGCUCCUCAGCCAGCACCUCCUCCAGCACCGGCUACUCAUCGUCGACGCCAACACCAUCAACAGUCUCAUGACUUUCAUCUAAAUGAUUUAACAUGAUUGG